CCUGCGCCCCCGGCCGCUGCGGAAGCGCCUGCCAAGGCAGCCAAGGGCUCGGGGGUCAAGAAGCCCAAGGCCAUCCGCAAGCUGCACUUCGAGGAUGAGGUGACCACGUCGCCCGUGCUGGGACUGAAGAUCAAAGAGGGCCCGGUGGAGGGGCCGCGGGGCCGCUCCGGGGGCGCGGCGAGGCCGCUGGGCGAGUACAUCUGCCAGCUGUGCAAGGAGGAGUACGCCGACCCGUUCUCCUUGGCGCAGCACAAAUGCUCGCGCAUCGUCCGCGUGGAGUACCGCUGCCCCGAGUGCGCCAAGGUCUUCAGUUGCCCGGCGAACCUGGCAUCGCACCGCCGCUGGCACAAACCGCGGCCCGCCCCGGCCACCGCCCGCGCGCUGGAGCCCGAACCCAGCGCCAAGGCGGAGGGGCGCGAGGCCACGAGCGGGGGCAGCGACCGCGACACGCCGAGCCCCGGCGGAGUGUCGGAGUCGGGCUCAGAGGACGGGCUCUACGAGUGCCACCACUGCGCCAAGAAGUUCCGCCGCCAGGCCUAUCUGCGCAAGCACCUGCUGGCGCACCACCAGGCUCUGCAGGCCAAAGUCUCGCCGCCCGCGCCCUCAGCCGAGGACCUACUGGCCUUAUACCCAGGGCCCGACGAUAAGGCGCCCCAGGAGGCGGCCGGCGACGGCGAGGCAGAUGGCCUGCUAGGCCUAAGUGCGCCCGCUGAGUGCCACCUGUGCCCGGUGUGCGGGGAGACGUUCCCCAGCAAGGGCUCGCAGGAGCGGCACCUGCGCCUGCUGCAUGCCGCUCAGGUGUUCCCCUGCAAGUACUGCCCGGCCACCUUCUACAGCUCGCCGGGCCUCACGCGGCAUAUCAACAAGUGCCACCCAUCCGAGAACAGACAGGUGAUCCUCCUGCAGGUGCCCGUGCGGCCGGCCUGCUAGAGCGCGCACUCCGCCCCCUGAACUGUGCCUUCGCUUGGAGACCCACAAAGAGAGUGCGCCCUGCCCUGCAGCGCCCGGAUCCGCGCCGCCGGCCCUCGCCUCCCAAUCACAGUGUCUUCUCCGCUUCUCGCUGUUUGGCGUGAUCUUAACCCUGACCCUCUGGUGGUGGUUCCUUUUGGGCCUCCUCUUUUACGUUGUCUCCCCACCUCUCGCCCAUGGCACGAGAGCCAGUUAGUUCCCUUCCUGUCCAAGGGCGAGAAGCUGUAUGCGUUUGUCUCGUCGUGGUUGUAGCUCCCUUUGGAAGGGGGCGGUGGUUUUUCUUGCUCGUAUUCGCUGUGUUCAUGGUCUGGAAAUGCGGUUUGCUCUUGCCUAACACUGCUCUCUAUGUAUGUAGCGUACGGGUUAUUUUGGGUGAAUCUUGAGGAAUAAAUGCCUUUAUAUUUCACAGGCUGUAAAUUGAAUCUCCCACAUGAUUAGCUUUAUUAUGGCUUGUGAACUGCUGGAGUCUGGCUUUACAUUUUUUUAUGUGAACAAAUCAAAUUGCUUAAAAAAAAGAGUUUUCUUUAGUAUAGCCACAAAUGCCUUGAACUGUUGUCUGUCUGGGAUUGUUUUGGGGGGAGGGAAGCGAAUUUCAGAAGAUGCUGUAGAAACUGCCUCAAUAUUUCAAGUAAGGUUUUCUUUGUUGAGGUAGAACUAUAUGAGUUUCCUCUAAAUGUAUAUGUUGAUUUAUGAGUAAUUGUUAUUUAUUCUUUAUUUAUAUUAAUUAUUAAGACUAUUAUAUUAUUUGAUUGCAGAUUUUUUUGAUGCGCCUUUUUUUUCCUGCCACUCUUGACAUUUCACUGUGCAUUUUAGAAAAGAGCCUUUUUCUAAAGGGAUCUGCUACAAGUUUUAACUUUUCUAUUUAUCUGAGUGAAUUACAGACAACCUACCAUUUUAUUCUGCUUGGAGGGCCCCCAGGCCUUUGUAUAACGGACAGCUCUUACUUUUAAAUGCAAUCUCUUUUCUACAUACAUUAUUUUCUUAAUUGUUAGCUAUUUAUAGAAAGCUUCAAUAGAACUGUUUUGACUGUAUAACUAUUUACUAUUGAAAUAAAGUAUUUUCAAAAUCAAA